AUGCGAGCCUACUGGUAUGAUAAUAAACCUGGUGAUGCUCGCCUACCACACGAUAGCGGGCGUCAAGUCUCUGCCAAAUACCUCGCUGCACUUGGAGUCAUGUACCUCUGCCCAUCAUCUGAGGAGGAGGUUGCACAAAUUGCGCGAGAGCGUCACUAUUGUGAAAGUGACAUAGUGACCAUCUCACCGGAGAAUCUAGGCACGAGCUAUGAAUCAAAAUUAGACAUUUUUUUUCACGAACAUAUUCAUGAAGAUGAGGAAAUACGCUACAUCUGUGAUGGUAGAGGCUAUUUUGACGUGCGAAAUGAGUAUGACAGUUGGUUACGUAUCGCUUUGGAUAAAAAUGAUUUGAUUAUUCUUCCAGCUGGCAUAUACCACCGUUUUAGCACUGAUGAAACAAAUUUUGUCAAAGCCAUGCGACUAUUUAAAAAGGAUCCAAGUUGGACCCCGUUAAAUAGAGACCCGGAAGUUGAUUGUAACCCUUUUCGGUUGGAAUACUUGAAAUCCCUCCCAAAAUCAAUAGAUUCUGACGCAGGUUAA